AUCGAUUGGCUACAGCAAACGUCAGGCCGAUAUGAUCUCAAAAUAACUGGGGGUGUGAGAUCAUGGAUCUGAAGGCUAAAAGAGAGUGCAAUGAUGAUGGGAAAGGGUAGAGGAGGAUGUGUGUGAGUUGCUUAAAUUCAGGAGUCCUCGCUGAUGAAAGUAGGUACUAAGGAAUGAUCUCCAAGCAGGUUCAAUACCACUAUAACUACAGUACUGAUUGUUUUCUAUUUCUAAUAUCCAUUAAUUGUUUUCUAUAAUGCCUACAAACAAUGCAGCUUGGUUGAAUAAGCCGAAGGGCACCCCUCUUGUGGUCAAGUCGGCUCCCUAUACGUCUCCCGGCGAGGACGAGAUCGUGGUCAAGAAUGGAGCGGUCGCGAUCAAUCCCAUCGACUGGGUGUUACAAGCGUCUGGGACGACCCUCAUGUACAGCUGGCUACCGGACCCGUGCAUCAUGGGCUCAGACGUCGCCGGCGAGGUGGUCGAGGUCGGGUCUAGCGUGACACGAUUCAAGGUCGGCGAUCGGGUGCUGGGAUACGCUCUGGGACGUGAGGAGAAACGUAACCGGGUGGCCGAAUGUGGGUUCCAGACAUACACCGUGCUGCUCGAGGACAUGGUCACUCCGAUCCCCAGCGAUAUGUCAUACGAGACCGCGUCAGUGAUUCCCCUGGGAUUUUCCACUGCCGCCUGCGGGUUGUUCCAGAAAGACCAGCUUGGAUUGGCCCUACCGACGCUAGACCCGACACCCAAGGGCCAGACAGUGCUCGUCUGGGGCGGCUCAACCAGUGUUGGGUGCAAUGGUAUCCAACUCGCCGUCGCCGCCGGCUAUGAGGUGUUCACGACCGCCUCGCCCAAGAACUUCGAUCUCGUCCGCAAGCUCGGCGCCUCGCAGGUGUUUGAUUACCGCAGCCGCACCGUUGUCGCAGACAUCAUCCAGGCCUUCAAGGGCAAGAUCGCCGCGGGAGCGCUCUCCGUCGGCCACGGAGCCGCCGACGCCUGCAUGGCAGUCCUUGCCCACUGCGAGGGGAACCGCUUCGUCGCCAUGGCUACCUACCCGGUGCCAUCGCCACCACCCAAGGUGCUUCCGUUGCCCCGUACGAUUUUCACCUAUAUGUCGUGGAUCCUGAUCAACACGAUCAAGUCGAAAUUCACCGGUGUGCGCUACAAGUUCAUCUUCGGCUCGACUCUCGCGUUCAAUGAAGUUGGAAAGGCCAUGUUUCAGGAUUUCCUCCCUGACGCGCUCGCCAAAGGCAAAUACAUCGCUGCGCCGGAUCCAAUGGUGAUAGGCAAAGGCCUGGACCAGAUCCAGGCAGCGUUAGAUCUGCAUAGAAAGGGUGUUUCUGCUCGAAAGAUUGUCGUAUCUCUUUGAUUGAUUGAUUAUUUAUGGUAAUUAUGGAAAUGACCGACAGCUGUGAUUAUCAUCAGCCAGGAAAGGCCAUAUAUAGACGUCUAAUCCAAUUUUAAUCU